AUGUGGGCAAGGAACAUAAGAGUAUAUAGAUUAAGCUAUAAAGACCGCCUAAAAACUGCAACUAACAGUGCAUAUAAAGUUCAAACAAGUCAGCACCCACACUUUACUAGUAUUACACGUAAUUCACAAAAUUACAAUACCAAUUUCUGUAAAAGUUUAAGUAAGAAAUAUGAUUUUUUAUACAAAACCAGAGUACUGCAUACUAGUGUACAGAAUAUAGACAAGAAAGAGAUAUUUGAAGACAACAUUAAUACCAAUACAUUUACUUAUAGAACGCAUACAUGUGGUGAACUAAGACCUAGACACGAAGGGCAGAGAGUGACAUUGUGUGGCUGGGUCCAAUAUUCAAGGCUAUCAAAGUUUCUUCUCCUUAGAGAUGCUUACGGCCUUACACAAUGUGUUGUUGUUGAUGACACAACAUUACUAUCAGAUAUACCCUUAGAGACUGUGGUAAAGAUGGAAGGGACUGUUGCUAUGAGACCAAAAGAUAUGGUCAAUGAUACUAUGACUACAGGAAAAGUAGAGGUGAUUAUAAAUAAGCUAGAGGUAUUAAACAAGGUUGGUAAGCUUCCAUUUAAUUUAAGAGAUUAUCAAAAACCGAAGGAGCAGUUGAGACUACAGCAUCGUUAUAUUGAUCUGAGGUUUCCCGAGUUGCAAAAUAUUCUGAGGUCACGAUCUAAUAUGCUGCACAAUAUAAGAAGAUUUCUUGUAGAGAAACAUGGAUUUGUUGAAGUGGAGACACCUACAUUGUUUUGUAGAACUCCUGGUGGAGCUAGAGAGUUUGUGGUCCCCACACACCAUGUUGGUCUUUUCUAUUCACUAGUACAAAGUCCGCAGCAGUUCAAACAAAUGUUAAUGUCUGGUGGAGUCGAUAGAUAUUUUCAAGUUGCUAGAUGUUACAGAGAUGAAACAACGAGACCAGACAGACAGCCAGAAUUCACUCAGCUGGACAUAGAACUAUCAUUCACUAACAUGGAUUGUGUUAUGUCAAUGAUUGAACAAUUACUCUUUGAUACAUUUGUUAAACCUCUUCCUAAACCACCCUUCGAAAGGAUGUCAUAUAAACAAGCUCUAGAAACAUAUGGAUCAGAUAAACCAAAUAUAUCUUUUGAUUUAAAGUUUUUGAGUUUGAAAAAAUUCUUUCCUGAACAAUCUAGUGACUUUGGAGCAUUUGCUUUACCCUAUAGCAAGCAAUUAGGGAAACUAACAGCUAAAUAUAAAGAAAAAAUAAAAGAAUACAUUAAAAAGCAUCCUUGCAAAGUGAUAUAUAACGAAAAUAUUUUGAAAGACCUAGGCUCAGAACUACAUAGCAAAAUCAAAGGAUAUGUUGGGCAAGAAAAUGCAGCAAUAAUUACAUUAGGUGAUUCAGAAAAUUCAGCACAAUGUUUAGGAGAUAUAAGACUACUCAUAGCAAAGCUUUUAGGAGCAAAUAACCUGUUACCAGUUAAACAAGAUGUUUCACCGUUGUGGGUUGUCGAUUUUCCUUUAUUUUUAAAGGGUGAUAAUGGUUUAGAGACUUGUCAUCACCCUUUUACAGCUCCACAUCCUGAUGAUAUACAUCUUUUAGACACUGAACCAUUGAAAGUAAGAGCAUUAUCAUACGAUAUUGUCAUGAAUGGGAACGAAAUAGGUGGAGGCUCUGUCCGUAUACACAAUGCUCAGUUACAGAAGAAAAUAAUGACAAUGCUAGAUAUAGAUCCGCACAAGUUGUCUCAUUUUUUGAAUGCGUUGAAGUUUGGUUGUCCACCGCAUGCUGGUAUUGCAUUGGGUAUUGAUAGACUAGUAACGGUGGCUUGUAAUGCAGAGUCAUUAAGAGACGUUAUAGCUUUCCCUAAGUCUCAUGAUGGAAGAGAUCCAUUGUCCGGUGCACCUAAUAGAAUAAGUGAUGAUGAUAAAAAAUAUUAUCAUAUUAACACAGUAGAAUAG